AUGGUGGUGGUGAGUGACCGGAGCGAGUUCUUUAUUUCAAAGACGGCGGGGACCGGCCCAAGUGUGAAAGCUGGGGAAGAUGGGACUGGCGGAUGCCGAUGCCAGAGGGUAACGGCGACUGGGGGGCUUUUGGGGACACUCGCUGGCGCCGCUUGGCGACAGGAGCUGCGGGCGCCGCGGGCAGAACGUAGCUCCGCUUGGAAGAAAACACAGCCCUUUCCCAAACUCCGGGCAAAGCCCAAUAGCCUCAUCCUCAUUUUACAGCUACGUAAAGCAGAGUCCGCGACGCCCGCAGCCAGCCGUGGAGGAGCCCUUUCGCUGACCCAGGGACCCUUGACCUCGGGAUCCUGGGAUCUAGGGGCUGAGAACAAAGUUAAAAGACCAGAGCAGCUUGGGAUGCUCCAAGAGGGGCCGGCACUUCCACCAUCUCAGAAUUACACUUUGCUGACACCCAGGACUGUCUAG